GCAGUAUUCGACAGUCUUUUCACGUGUAAUCAGUGAUAUCUGUAAAAUUAAUACCGAAUGAUUGUUAAGGAAAUUCCAAGUAACCAAUAUGGAAUCCAGUGAUUUAUUUAACAGCGCCGUGAGGGUGAAGGAGGAGCCUAUUGAUGUGUCGCUCAUGAGCAAUGAUAGGGAAACGAUUGACGAAAAACCCGAUCUUCAAAACUUCCAACUAUUACCACAUCUGCGAGAAAACUCAGCCCAUACAUUUGAAAAAUGUGAACUUGACGACGAUGUGAAAAUAAUCGUUGAAUGUAAAGACGUCAAGCCCAGUGUCAAUUGGUCAGUAGUUGAAAAAAUUAAAGAUGAUUCUCAAAUUCACUUGCAGAAUAUAAAAAAUAGCCGUGAGAAUACAAAUGAAAACCUAAUUAAAAUAGAAACCGUGAGUGAAGUGAAACAGGAAAUUUUUGAUGACGAUACAGAACGAAUGAAUUUGAAUCUCGACUGUGAGCUUGGCCAACAAAAUAAUGCAAGAAGAAUUGCAAAAAAGUUAAACAACGGACAUAGAUUCAAAAAACACAUGAGUACAAUGAAUAUUGGUGCCAGAUACGUAUGCGACAGUUGCGGAAAGUCUUUUUCUCGAAAAAUUAGUCUCAAAAUCCACAUAGAUGCGAUCCAUAAUGGUAUCAAACAUCCAUGUGACACGUGCGGUGAACAUUUCUCGAAUGAGAGUAAUCUAAAUAGUCAUAAACAUAGUCUCAGAUACCAUAUCAAGACGGUGCACAAUGGUGUCAAGCAAUUGUGA